AUGGGAAAAGCUGAGCGCUGGCUGGGCUGGAUAUCUGGGCAAGGUGUAGGUGGGGCAGCUCCGAGAUGUGAAGGAGCUGCCUCACGUGACCCACCUGCACCUGCCACACAACUCCUAUCAACUUUCGCCGGAAGACUCCUAGCUGGUGUGGCCAUCGGAGCGACCUCCAUGUUGGCUCCCCAGUACCUGGCAGAAAACUCCCCAAAGUCUAUCAGAGGCUCUCUUACCACAUCCUACCACCUGAUGAUCAUCUUGGCGCUUGCCAUUGCCUUUUGGGUGAACUAUGCAGUCAGCCUUUGGCCGAAUCAGGAUCCAGAUAACAACAAGGCUUUGCAGUUGGCUCUUGGCAUCCAGUUGAUUCCCGGGUUCUUUCUCUUCGCUCUUAUUUGGUUCGUCGUUGAAACCUCCCGAGCCCUCAUUUCGAAAGGCAAACAAGAACGUGGCCUCAAUAAUUUGUGCAAGCUGAGAGGCCUGCCCGCCAAACACCCAUACGUACACCAAGAGUAUCUGGAGAUUCUGGCCCAGUCGGAAGCCGAGCAAAGCCAAGCAAAGGGCCAUGGCUACAUUGUGGUUGUCAAAGACAUCGUCACCAACGCCAGCAACAGACGGAGACUGUUCCUCGCUGUCAUGCUCUUCCUUUUCCACAAGCUUACAGGUACUGACUCUCUGAACUACUUUGCGCCACAAAUCUUCGCCAUGAUUGGAGUCCCCAAAGGGUCAAGUUCUCUCUUGACAACUGGGAUCUAUGGAGUUGUGAAGCUGGUGACGACAAUUAUCUACGUCACUGUCAUUGUCGACCGAGUCGGACGUUGUCUUCCUCUCAUGAUUGGAGCUACUAUUCAAGCUACUGCGAUGCUCUACAUCGGACUCUUCCUUCGCUUCUCCGACGUUCAACCUGGGAGUGGAACAACUCCUGGUGGCAUCGUAGGCAUCAUCAUGAUUUACCUUUACGCCUUUGGCUGGUCUUUCGGCCACUCUGUCGCACCAUAUGUGGUGGCCGCUGAAAUCUUUCCCUCGCGAGUUCGAUCGGUUUGCAUGUCCUGCUGCCUCUUCACAAACUGGAUCGUGAACUACGGUAUUACCUCCGCCACACCGCACAUGCUGAGCACCAUGAAGUAUGGCACGUUCUUGUUCUUCUCCAUCAUGACGUACAUUGGUGUUAUCUUCGUCUUCUUCUGUCCCCCCGAGCUCAAGGGCCGAAGCAUCGAAUCCAUGGACGAUCUCUUUGCGAACUCACUUUGGACCAUGUUCAAGCGUGCCUACCCCACCGAGGAUGAGAAAGUUAGGCAUGAUGUUCAGGAGCAACUGCAGCAUGAGGAAGAUAAAGGUGUGUCGCAUGUAACAAUGGUUGAGGACAGUGGCAGGCGUGCUUAA